ACGCCCAUUGUGCCUUCCCAUGCUUCCACCAGAAUUGGAGACACACCCAUCCACCGUAUCUGCCGAUCCUCUCUCUAAUCUUCGCCGUUGAAUUUGUCAGAAACUAGAAAAGCAAUGGCUGCUUCGGUAGAAGAGAUCAGAAAGGCUCAGAGAGCCCAGGGUCCGGCCACCAUCCUCGCCAUUGGCACCGCCACCCCCUCCAACUGCGUCAACCAGGCUGAUUAUCCUGAUUAUUACUUCAGGAUCACUAAUAGCGAGCACAUGACUGAGUUGAAAGAAAAGUUCAAGCGCAUGUGUGAUAAAUCUAUGAUCAAGAAACGUUACAUGCAUUUAGAUGAAGAAAUCUUGAAAGAGAAUCCGAACAUGUGCGCUUACUGGGAACCUUCUCUUGAUGCUCGCCAAGACAUUGUGGUGGUGGAAGUUCCAAAGCUUGGAAAGGAAGCAGCAACUAAAGCUAUCAAAGAAUGGGGCCAACCAAAGUCUAAGAUCACUCACCUUAUCUUUUGCACAACUUCUGGUGUUGAUAUGCCUGGUUGCGAUUAUCAACUCACCAAGCUUCUUGGCCUUCGUCCUUCUGUCAAGCGAUUUAUGAUGUAUCAGCAGGGCUGCUUUGCUGGUGGGACUGUCCUUCGUUUGGCCAAGGACUUGGCUGAAAACAAUAAGGGUGCUCGUGUUCUUGUUGUGUGCUCUGAGAUCACCGCUGUCACUUUCCGCGGUCCUUCUGAUACCCAUUUGGAUUCGUUGGUAGGUCAAGCACUUUUUGGUGAUGGAGCUGGAGCCUUAAUUGUUGGUUCUGAUCCUGAUACUUCCAUUGAGCGUCCAUUAUUUCAGCUUGUUUCUGCAGCUCAAACUAUCCUUCCUGACUCUGAUGGAGCCAUUGAUGGACACUUACGUGAAGUGGGUCUCACCUUUCAUUUAUUAAAGGAUGUUCCAGGGUUAAUCUCAAAGAACAUAGAGAAAAGCUUGGUAGAAGCAUUCACUCCAAUUGGUAUUAACGAUUGGAACUCCAUUUUCUGGAUAGCUCAUCCUGGUGGCCCAGCAAUUCUCGAUCAAGUUGAAGCGAAACUGAGUCUAAAACCUGAAAAAAUGAGGGCAACCAGACAUGUUCUUAGCGAGUAUGGAAACAUGUCGAGUGCUUGUGUGUUGUUUAUCCUUGACGAGAUGAGAAAGAAAUCUCUAAAAGAAGGGAAGCCUACCACAGGAGAGGGACUGGAGUGGGGUGUUUUAUUCGGGUUUGGACCGGGUCUCACGGUGGAGACCGUCGUACUACAUAGUGUUCCGACCGAAACGACGGCUUACUGAAUGAGGUGGCGCGGUUGUGAGAGGAAAAAAGGACGGAAACAACCAGAUUUUGUCGUUGGCAACAGAGGGCAAAAAUGGAUAAAUAUUUUACAAUAAAAGGAAGACCAGUUGGUGUGACAGGUGUAUGCGUGCGUGGAGGACUAUGUUGAAUGUAAUAAAUUUAUUUUUAUUUAUAUGUUUUUUGAAAUUUUGGGUAGUGUGUCUCUGUACAAUAUAAAUUUGAAGUGGUGCAAUUUGCUAUUUCGAUUUUAUGUAUCUUUGUUGGAACUUCACGG